UAAAAAUCCAGUUUAUUUCGGAUAAAAAAUGUUAAAUGCUAUUAAUAAGAAAUUAGAUAAUUUUGAUUACCCAUAUUGCCCUGAUUGCUUCACUAAAUAUGAAAAAAUUACAAAGAUUGGCCAAGGCACAUUUGGUGAAGUUUUCAAAGCUAAAAAUAAGAAAACCAAACAAUUAGUUGCUUUGAAAAAAAUUUUGAUGGAAAAUGAGAAAGAAGGAUUUCCUAUAACUGCUUUACGAGAAAUAAAAAUUCUACAAUUGUUAAGGCAAGAAAAUAUUGUCCAUCUUAUAGAGAUCUGUUUAACAAAAAAUGCACAGAACAAAUCUAAACCAACCUUUUACCUAGUUUUUGAAUUUUGUGAGCAUGAUUUAGCAGGACUACUAAGUAAUCUUGCGGUAAAGUUUUCAUUGGGUGAAAUCAAAAAAAUUAUGCAACAACUAUUGAAUGGCCUUUAUUUCAUACAUAGCAAUAAAAUAUUGCAUAGGGAUAUGAAAGCAGCCAAUAUAUUGAUAACUAAAAAUGGUGUGUUAAAAUUGGCAGAUUUUGGAUUAGCACGUGCUUACAGCCUUGGCAACCCAAAUAGUAGUUCUGCUGGAAAUAAUUCUAAAGGAAACCAAGCUUCGACCAACGUUAAUCGCUACACUAAUCGCGUUGUAACACUUUGGUAUAGACCUCCCGAAUUACUUUUAGGGGAAAGAAAUUACGGACCGCCAAUAGAUAUGUGGGGAGCCGGCUGUAUUAUGGCCGAACUUUGGACCCGAAGCCCUAUCAUGCAAGGUCAAAGUGAACAACACCAACUUAAUUUAAUCAGUCAAUUGUGCGGCUCUAUUACCCCAGAGGUGUGGCCCAAUUGUGAAAAACUUGAAUUGUACAAUUCUCUCUCUUUGAUCAAAGACCAUAGGAGAAAGGUGAAAGAACGACUGCGUACUUACGUUAAAGACGCGCAAGCUUUAGAACUUUUGGACAAGCUACUCGUGCUGGACCCGUCUAAACGAAUAGAUAGCGACGAAUCGCUUAACCACGAUUUCUUUUGGACCGACCCUAUGCCAGCAGACCUGGCCAAAACUCUAGGCUCUCACACAACUUCUAUGUUCGAGUUUUUCGCGCAGCCAGGGCGACAACAGAGGCAGAAUAUUCAACCUCACGGUCAAAAUACGCAUGGUCAAGGUAAUCCUAUGCCUUCCAAAGUCCAGCAGCAUCAGCCUCAAAGAUCUAACAUGCCAAACGCCCCCAAUAUGCUAGGAAAGCUUCAGGGAGGACCACCGAUGCCUCAUAAGCCGUACCACAGCCGUCCUUAUCAUCAAAUGCAUAGGAGGGAUAAUUACGGAGUCGGAACGAAUAUGAAAAAAGAUUUUAAUACUGGUCCCAAAAUUUCUUCUAACGAUGAUUCAUCAUCUCAAAAUCUUGCGAAUUCGCAGAACCAACCCCAUUCCUCCAUGCACCACAAUAGAUAUCAUCCAUACAACGCUGGAAAUAAUAGUUCGCAAAACGUGCCAAAUAGGCAUCACGGUAAUAAUCCCCCUCACUUUCACCAAAGACAUGGCCCUAUGAAUAAAAUGGCUGGUCAUGAUAACAACCCGCUUCUUCCACCACCUCAUAAACACACAAAUAAUCCUACCAAAGAAGAGAAAUAAGGUCAAAAUUUUUAUCUCGAGAUGCCCGAAAGUUUUAAGAAGGAAGAAAAUAUAAAUAAAGACUGUGUUUUGAUUAUUUAUGUGUAUUUAUAUUAUCCUUAAUGUGAUAUCAAAAUAUUUUUUAUAAUACUCUCAAGGUCCAAUGAGAAUGCAGAACUUCCAUUUUUUUGACAGCCAUAUUUUAAUAAAGU